UUUGAAUGCAUGCUGCAACAAGGCGUCAACACAGAUACAUCUUGUUUGGUUAAUUGCUUGAGUUUUGUAUGCUUGAGCCUUUGGAAUUGUUAACACAGCUGAAACUAUUUUGAUCGAGCUUGGGCAUUUUCACUGGAUCUUUGAUUAGUCCAGAUUCUGACAAGGACACUAUAAAAUAUGCCGGAACGACUCUUUGUUCGAUCUGGUUUCUCCCUGAAUCCGUCUUCCUCUGUUUGAAGCCAUCGAGGGCAGGCAGCCGAUUCUAUUUUCUAAUUUCGACUAUUUUUUGGCUCUUGUGUGGCAACACAAUCGGUCGAGUUGUCACACCCUUGGUAUCAUGGCAUCUGAAGGCGUCUAUCAGGCCUUACUCGGCACCCCAAAGAAGAUGACAAAUAGGUAUCCUAGAUGGGCGGUAGGUGCGCCUAUAUUGUAUGCCACGUCUGCCCUUGCGUCUUUUGGAGAUGCCAUGUUUGGUUACAGUCAAGGAACCAUUGCUUCGAUUCUAGUGCAACCUCCUUUCAUUCGUGACAUAUUCGGUGUGAACGUUACACUCGAGCAAGUCAAUAACCUUGAAACUGGUGUUAGUGAUACGACGCAGUCUAUCACAGCCUCAUGUUUGAACUUGACUGCCCUCUUCGCUGCUCUCGUUGCUGCUGUUUUAUGCGAUAUGAUUGGAAGACGGCACGUCGUCCGUCUUGGGGGCAUUAUCUAUCUCAUUGCCUCUAUCGGUGCAGCGCUAUCAGAUAGCUUUGCUGUAUUCAUCUUCUUUCGCUGUAUACAGGGUAUUGGCGUUGGUUUCCUGUCUAUGAGUGUCCCAAUUGUUCAAACCGAGAUUGCAGGCGAUCAUGCUCGUGGCCGCAUGAUCUGCAUCGAGUACAUUUGUCUUAACUCGGGAUACUUGCUCUCUGCUGGAGCUGGAUGGGGUCUUUUCCAUUAUGUCAACUCAGGAACUAUAUCCUGGAAGGCGAUGUUCAUCAUUCAAGGGGGCUUGGCGAUUAUUCUGAUAUUUGCUUCGUUCUUUAUGCCUGAAACCCCUCGAUGGCUCGUCAGGAAUGGUUUCGAGAAUGAAGGUCUUCAGACUCUCGCAGACCUGCAUGGUAACGGUGACGUUACCUCGCCCGAGAUCGUAACAGCCUUCAAAAAGAUGAAGCUCAUCAUCCAGAUGGAAGAUGACGCCAAACAAGCAAGCUGGCGUGAUCUCUUCACCAAGUUCUGGCGUCAAACUCUCAUGGGAGUUUCAGGCCAAAUGUUCGCUCAACUAAAUGGUAUCAACGCCGUAUUAUUCUUCUUACCAAUCAUCCUCAUACGAUCGGGGAAAACGGUGGAGGAAUCACUGAAAUUUUCGUUCAUCGCUGCUUGGUGUUAUUGUGGAGGGACGGUGCCCGCCAUGUGGGGUGUUGAAUGGAGUCGGAAGAAAUGGUUACUAGGGACCACUCUCGCAUUAAUCGUUGCGUUGUCUGUUAUUGGAAGUACGCAACUUGUUAGCGAGGGAUUUCCUCGUGGGCCAACGAAAACCGAGUAUUCUAACGUGAUCUUUUCGUUCUUCUGUAUCUAUCUCUUCGCAUUUGGCGCGGGAUGGGGUCCAAUCCCUUGGCUUCUCCCAGCCGAAGUUUUCCCGAUGUCUGCCCGCGCCAAAGGCGCAGCACUUAGCACCUCCGUCAAUUGGACCUUCAACUUCCUGGUAGCAUUCAUAACCCCUAUCGCCUUCAAGAACAUUCAAGCCAUAUACUACUUUGUUAUCCUCGCAUUGGUAUGUUUAUCUUUCCUGUUCGUAUGGGCUUAUUACCGUGAAACGGCCCAUAUGAGCUUAGAAGAUAUUCAAGUUGUAUUUGAGGAUGUGUAUGAGGGUCCUAGGAAGUUUGUACCUGAUUUCAGGAGCAAGCCUCAUGGCAUGGCUGGCACGAGCAAGGAUGCGGAGGCACCUGUGGUGGAGAAGGUGUUUCAGCUCCCGUCAUCGAAUGGGAUAGGCGUACAAGACGCAGGAAAGAGGGUGUCCUGGCUGUCUACAGAUGGGGAAGGGGGCGGUAGCAGCUCGAGAGCUGGAUCAAGCACGAUGGGAGAGAAUUUGCUGGAAGUGAUGAAUGAGAUUUUGAGCAAAGCGAGCUGGACAGAUCAAAAUACAGAAUUGUUGGACAUUCCACUCCAUGAUGGCGAGAGGGAGGGGGACGGGGCAAGCUUCGCCUGAGAAUUAUGUAAACUCUCUAGGAUGUGUUUAACCUGCAUGCAGUCAGAACCCUCGGC